AGGAAGCCUGUGAGAUAGUUUUAGCUGAACAGUAAGCAUCAGCAGCAUGUGGACGUUGCUCAUUCUCUCGCUGUGUGUUCUGACCACCCUAGCAGCCAAAUGUACGUUGAAAUUUGACAAAGGUCAUCCCGGUAUAUUUGUCCAGAAGUUCGGUUCAAACCAUGUCAUUCUGAGUGUGAAAGAUGGUGAAGUCUCUUGGGAUAAUCGUGCUAAAAUUGAAGGUUACUGUCCUGGUGAAUUUAGAAACUACGCGCGUUAUGGAAGUGACUACCAGGCGCACCUUACAUUCUCAUGUACUAAUUCUCUUGAUGUACGUUAUCAGAGAGAUGAUAAUAACGGUGACAUAGCCAGAAACGACGGGACCCUAUCUUGUACCACAACGUCAAAAUAUUACGAAGUGCGAAUUCCUACUUGCAACAAUAAAGGCCUGGCAUAUGGAUUUUUCAUAGGAACCCAGGCAGUGGUUCUUGCUGAAGUGUGUUAUAACCUGGACUUAAUGCAGACCCAAUAUCUGCAUUAUAUUAUCGGCCCACGUAGCCCCGUCGUUGAGUCCCAAUCAACAAAUGGUUUUGUCAAUGUAACGCAAUCUUCGGCCGAUGUUUUCAUUGACAGCAGCAACUUGCAGGAUCAGACGGACUCUCUAGAUCUAGCGGUUUCAUAUGCAUUUGUUGAAUAUCUUGAUGAAACCCUAUAUAAAUUGGAUAAGCUUAUAUCCCCGUGGAAAUUCUGGAGGGCCCUCCAUCCCUACUUCAACGACUUCAUCAGUGUGAAUUCAAUCCCUUGGUGGAAGCCCUUGAAAUAUUUUAACUGGGGAUCAUUAGAAGAUGCCAUAGUUAGAAUAUCAAAAAACGAAACAUACGAUGUCUUCGCAGGCACUUCUGGUACUGUCGUUUAUCCCAGUAACGAUAAAUGUUCAGAUCCAUAUCCAAUAACAUACAAAGUUGAACCGCAUGAUCGUAAUAUCCCAUUAUAUGUUUGGAACUACAUAAGAAAAAAGGACCUCACUGACGACGGUGUUGUGGUGAUUGGGAUCAACUCACCUUUCUUCGAUAGCCUAAGUAAAGAAAACAUCAUCUGUGAGGAUAUUUGUGAUAACUUACCCUGGUUUAACCAAUUACAUAAAAGGCGGAAAAUGCCAGCUCUAGGUUUUCUAUUUUGCUGCAAACCAGGGGAGGUAAAGGAUAAAUUAGAUGGUUUUCCGAUCAUUCAAAAUUUGUAAUUUUUUCGAAAUAAAAAAAAAAUUGUAAAAACA